AUGCCAAAGGAUAAUCUAUUGUUUAAAUUGGAUAAUUUAGAGUAUCAACAACACUAUUUGAAUAAUACUUUAGAUUCGUUUGAACCAAGAUUAAACCAAACCAGAAAGUUUUAUAACGCUAAAGGUAGGAAAACUAUCAAGAAAGUUGAGAAGUUAUUAAAUGAAAUUAAGAUUGAAGAUGUGGAGAGACAGUUGAAUGAAAUUAAACUGGAAAUCUUUGAUAAGAAAAUUCACCAUUUUGAAAAUAACUUGACCAAAAAUCUUAUCAAAUUAUUGGAGAAUGAAAAUUCAAAAUUGAUCAAAAAUUUUGACAAAACUACUUUGGAAGCUAUUAAGAAUCAAUAUGGAAUACCUCAGUUUGCAAAGUUGCUUUGUUUAUCUAAGAGUAUUAAGUUGACUACUGGGAAAAUAGUACCGAAGAGUAAGAAAAUAGAGGAUACUCCACAAUGGUUUGUCAAACAUAACUAUUGGGAAAUAUAUCAGGAUAAGAAUAAUGAAUUCAAUCCAAGUAGGAUAUGGAAUGAAGUUAUAAUGAAGAUUAAGAAAUCAGAUGCUCUUGUAAGUUUAAUAAUGAAUGAUAAGAAAGUGAAGGAUAUUAUUCAAAGUUUUGAAAAUGGUAUGGAUGUCUUCCUAGGUAUAAAUAAGGGUAAGAAAUUACAAAGGGAGAAGAAUGGUUUAAAUAAAGCAUCAUCAUCUAACAAUGAAGUAGAAAUGCAAGAAGAUGAUGCUAGCGAGGAUGAUGAACUUACUGAACGCCCUGCUUUGAGACGUGAAACUCGAGAUGAAGAUCAAGAAAUUGAUGAAGAUGAAAUCCUAAAUCAAUAUGAAGGUAUGCUGGCGGCAUCUGAUGAUGAAGAAGGAGAAGAAGCUUCUGGACUUGAUAAGACUAUUAACUAUAAUGAAGUGACUGAUGAGGAACCAUCUGAUGAUGAAGAUAGUGAAUCUGAAGAACCUUCAAGGAAGAAACCAAAACUUCCUGAGUUGAUGGGUGGUUAUUACAGUGGUGGUGAAUCUAGUGACGACGAAAAAGAGGACAAGAUUGCUAGAGAACAGAUGUCAAAUAAGCCACAAAGGAAAAAUAGACGUGGUCAACGUGCAAGACGUAAGAUUUGGGAAAAGAAAUAUGGUUCUCAAGCUAAGCACGUUCAAAGGGAGGUGGAAAAGGAAUUUGAAGAAAGAAAGCAAAGACAAAUUGCAUAUGAAGAAAGAGCUGCUAAACGUGCUGCCAAGGAAGAAGCUUUCCAAAAGAUGGUACGCGAGCAUGAACUAGAGCGUGAAAGCAAACAAGGACAAAGUAAAUGGCCGAAGGUAAAGGAGCCGCAAGCAGAACAUCCAUCUUGGGUUGCUAAAAGGGUUGCAGAAGAGAAGGAAAAGAAUGCUAAGUUUUCUGGUAAGAAGGUUGUGUUUGAUUAA